ACAGCAACCAAUGGAAAAAGAUGUACAUCCAAAAUCCCAGAUGAAUUAUCAUGAAUAACACGUCAAAUAAUAAAAAAAGAUAAAUAAAAAGGAGUGCCGAUAGAAAGGCGACCAAGGCAACGCAACAACAACAAUAACAACAAUCAAUGGAUGCUGCCCACGGGAAAGUUUAGAAGCCGCUCAAAGCUUGGACUGGAAAUUUAAGGUUACUGCAUAUGGACAAAACGAAGGGCGCGGUUAAACUGAAGACGUGGUUCCAGUAGGCAGUAGCAUGGCGAGUAUUGGGGCGCCAGUGUGUGUGGUGAGGCGAUACAAGCCUGAAGACACGGCUGCGGCACAAGACAUAAUGACCAAAACAGUAAUGGAGACAGUCAGUGAUUACUUCUGGAGUGCUAUUUUCACGGAAGUCCUCCCUCAGGUUGCUCUUCUGACCAUUGCUUUCUCCUACAUUGGAUUGGGAGUACCCUUCUAUUUUUGCCUGCUUGGAAUCCCUACAGCUAUAGUAAUCAUAUAUGCUGUAAUCUGGCUAGCUCACAUGUCUAAGGCCUUGGAGGUGGGACAGGAGAUGACCAACAUCCCCCGGCUUUUCCUGGAACACCCUGACCGGUGCUUCUGGGUGGCUGAGGUGCUGGAGUGCUCAGAAGCAAGUGAACUUGAUUCUUUCAUGAACAAGAUGAAAAAGGAACAUAGCCGCUGUGUUGAAUAUCAUUUUAUGAGUGAGGAGGAAUCAAGUGCCAGGGAGGCAGAGCUGAGGGGAACAAGAAGACAUGUGGUGGGCCUUUUAGGACUUACUAAGUCUAUGAGAGGUGGAAUGAAAGGUUGGUUGCGACACUUGGCUGUUAAGAAAGCUUAUAGACGCCGUGGUAUUGCUCAGAGACUUUUGGAUGAAGCCAUCCACUUCUCCACUGAACAUUGCUUGGAUGAGAUUGAGUUAGUUGCAACAGAGUGUCACCACAAGGCACGAGAGCUAUUCUACAAGAAGGGAUUUGAAGUCCAGCACACUUACUUCAAGUAUUACUUCAAUGUGCAGCAACCUUUGUACAUCUUUAACUUGCCUGUAAAACCCCCCAAGGCAGAACUGUCAGAAAUAUCUUCAUCUUAAUCAUCAUGUUUUGUAUGUCAUAUUCUGUUUGAAAGGGAUAAACUUCUUAUUACAGUGCACAAUCAACACUGAAAUUAUUCAAAUACAUAAGAAAUUAUUAAAAAUGAUAACAUUUUCAUGAUAUUGAAAUGUUAAAUGAGUCCCCAUUAUUUAUAUAUUUG